AUGAGCGACGGGGAGGAACCUGUGCCAACUACGGAGCAACCAGAGCAUGACGAAACAGUCCAUGGAAACGGGGAAGAAACUGUCCUUCCAAACGAGGAGGAGACAGAUGCUACAUACACGAAGGACGGAACCGAACAUGUGGUGGAUCAUCACAUGCAAGAGGAGGAGGAAAAACGCGAUGAAAGCCACGAACAACCAAAGAUGGAAUUGCGCAUCGAGAUUCGCCACGAGGAAGAGCCCCCCAAGCAGGACGAGAUGAAAGCUAGUUCCUUUGAUGACACUGUGCUCGAAGAAUUGAAGGAGGAUCCCAUGGACGCCAAGGCUGCCGAAGACUUGGAAUACAUUCGUCAGACCCCUCCCACCACCAAGCUCGAAAACGUGCUUCUUAAUAUGUUGAAGCGAAAAGAUGUUCAUAUUGCCCGUCUAACUGGUGAAGUGACCAAACUCAAGCAAUUCAUCAGCAAGAGAAAGCAGACUUACAAGAGAAAGCGAAAGGACGAAGGAGCUCCAACAAGAGCCCUGUCUGCGUACAAUAUCUUUGUCCAAGAUCGAUUCGCAACGCUUGCAAAGCAAAACGAAGCAGCUCUCAAGAGUGCCGAUUCCGAUGCACAACUUAAGCGAGUCCCACCCGCAAACUUGGUCGCCAAGACUGGAAAUGAGUGGAAGGAUUUGCCAGCCGAAGAAAAGGCAAAAUACCAAGAGAGAGCCAAAUCUGAUCGAAAGCGAUAUGACGAUCAAAUGGCUCAGUAUCAGCCACCAGACAAGCAGUCAAACCGCAAGAGAAACAAGACGGGAUACAACAUGUUCUUCUCAGCUCACGUUUUGCGUUUGAAACAGUCAGAAUUGGGAGUCCCUUCCGAAAGAGGAUCUGUGGCCCGUCUUGUUGGUACCGCUUGGAAGCAACUAUCUGCCGAAGAGAAGCAAUACUACGAACGAGAAGCUGACAAACACAAUGGUAUGAAUCCAGUCGAAAAAGAUGGCGAUGAAGACGACGAGGAGGAGGUCAAGAGGCAACAAGCCGAACUUCACUACAUGCAUCCUUCCGAAAUGCACAUGCAUGGAGGUAUGCCACCAAUGCAUCCGAUGCACCAGGCUGCACAACACGACCCUCGUCAUUACUCGUAUCCACCACACAUGAUGUAUGGACAGCCAGCACAUGCAUACUACGACUAUCACUCACAGUCAAGACAUCAUCAAGGACGUUCUCAAGGAUACGGUCAAGGAUAUCCUCAGCAGCCUUUUGGUCAUGAGCAAAGGAUGUAA